AUGUCAUUUUCCUCAGAACAAGAACCUCCAACAUCUACUUUGUUAUUUUUGAUAUACUUUAUUGUGACAAGGCUAAGUAAAACUAAGUAUUGUCUAUUUUUUUACCCAAAGCAUCAAAUGGAACAACAUUUUCGUCCUCAUAAAGAAAGCCGACUUAUUAACUCUUUAUGUGAAGUCCUUUUUGAUAUUUCAGGGAAAAACAAGUGCGGUGCAAGGGUGCAAUCUGAACUAGCCUCAGCAACCACAGAAGCCCUUAGGCGAAAGGAAACGGACCCAGCAAUGGGAAAAAAGACUUCAACUGAAAUGUUCCUGGUAGCACCUAUUUUAUCUAUGUUAUUUGGAACUGAAAUUCGUCUUGAUUAA